UCUCAAUGAAAAUGAUUAGAUCUCCAACGACAAGAGCUCAAUUUAAGCGUCACUCUAGUAGCCAUUUACUCACUGUCAAGAAUAAUCUCUCAUCAGGCCCUCAAAAUAAAGACAAGAGACAACGAGAUUUGUCAAAACUUGCUCCUUUGCUUCCAACAAAAAGGAGCCCUAAGAACAAGACUGGCCCCAAACGAAAAUAAUUUAUUUAAACGAAUGGGGGAUACUAGAACAAAGCAAAAUGAUGAGUCCCCAAUCCAAAAGAGAAGGAGGCUCGGUAUGAUCGGAGAUAUGCGUAACUUUAACUUAGUGCCAUCAGCUGUCAUGAAGAACAAACUGAGUUACUACUAUACAGCCUACAACAACAAAAACCUAAAAACGUAUUAUAUGACAUUUGACGAGAACGAGCAUAACUUCACUGAAGAAGACGUAAAGAUUGAUGAUGACUCCAAUUUCGACUGCUGGAGGCUCAUCGCUGACUUCAUUCUGAAGGCAGAGCAGAAGCAGUUCAACAAAGUUAUCAGCAAGUUCAGGAAUAGAGAGAUUCAUGAAAUGAAAAACAACAUAAAAAAAGCUCAGAGAGUAUUCAAAUAAAAUUGUCACGAAGAAUAGAAAAUUUGGAAGGCUCUUUAAAUAAAAUCAUUAAACAUACGUAUUCACAAGUUGGAAUAUCGGAGAAGAAAGAAAUCAGCGAUGAAAUGAGACACAAAGUAUCGGAAAUUAUCAAGAACUCCCUAGACCUGAAGAUCCAAGAAAUCAAGGUUAGAUUUAAUAACCAUAAACGCCUGAUGGCUUUGAGAAGAAGAACACGGAGGAACCGUUCAUUACGAAAUGAAUCUAAGAGCAACACUAGCCAGGAUAUUGAUUCUGUAAAACCUUUUGCAAUCUUGGAACCCCUGCUUGAAAAUGAAGAGCUUCCAGACUUCCCACUUUUGAAACAGCUAGAUCAGUCUGGAACUGAAAGCCAGAAAGAAGACUCCAAGUACAACAUCAAAGUAUCCGAAGAUUCUUUCUCAUCUAGUUCAUCCGUGUCGUCAUUAGAAAAAUAGUGAUACUCCUACAAGCACCAGCAAAGAUUUGUUGUCUAAGCUGAUAGACAGACGAAAGCCAGCGUCAAACAAGAAAUCCAAGUUCUUGAAGAAACAGCACACCAUGAUGGGUGGGCCUAGGAGGAUGUUCAAAGCAGCUUGAUUGAAUAACAGUAGAAACACAAAGGAUAGCAAGGACUUUGAUGCUAUUGAGAAUUCUAAGAUAACUGUUAAUAAAGAAGAUGACCAAGAAGCUCAAAAUAAGGACCAACAUAUCCCUCAUAAAAUUGCUUUGGGAGGUUUGAAAACAACAAGCAGCUUCUUGCUUCCUCCUGAUCCAAACCAAUUCCACUACAAGAUGCUAAAUCUUCCAUCAGACCAGCUAACUCCAAAGACAUCUCCCAGGGUAGAGAAAGAUUCUGUUGAGUCUCCAAGCAAGAUCUCUAAGUAUAACAUCUGCAACUACUACUUGAAAGGAUCAAAACACUCUGUUCCGCAAAGGAUCCUCAGCGAGCCAAGACUUUCUAAGCUGCAUGAGUAUAAUCGAACAAGAAUAGGGCUGAGCAAGGACCAGUUUUGAUCUGAGAAACAUGUUUUUCAAGGUAGUUUUGAAGAUUCUCUGAGGCUGUCGUUUAGUUCAAAAGAUUGUCUUGAGUCUUCAAAGUCGAAGUAUGCGAUUCCAGAAAUGCCUUUUCUGAACAAAAGUUACUCAGAAUCUAGAAUAAAGUGGAAUGCUAAAGUCAGUAAAAUCAUUUCCAAGCGUGUUCGGAACAGGUCCAAACUCGUCAAUAGCCAACAGAAACUAAAUCUAAACAAAGGGUCUAUUAAAAGCGUACUAAAGAAGAUCUCAAGGGUCCGAAAAUCGACCAAAACAAAAUUAUCUGACCUGUACAGACUAAAUUCCCCAAAGAUUGUGGGAAACUUCCAAAAAUAAUUUAAAGAUUUACUCCUUAAAUCCCUAUUUUCAAUA